AUGGAGCCUCAUCCAACCUCCUCUUCCACAUAUUCACCAAUGCAAAUUCCAGAAAUUGGAGGUAAAAUGCUUAAUCGGAACAGCUCCAGUGAAAAAGACCAAAGCUGGCAAUGGCUGCCAGCCUCGCCAAAACUCCAUACCCAGGCUUAUGAUAGCUUCCAGACAAUACUGAAGAACUUCAGGUUUGACCAAACCGAGCCCGACCGGGAUAUUUUGCCAUUUACAUCAUACAUUAAGCUUCGCUGUUCCUUUCCCAAUAUUGAGAAACGUUUGCGAAAAGCUUGGAUAGCGACUCGUUAUCACAACCCUGGUCUGGCUACAGAACUUGAUCUGCACCACAAAUACUACCGUGUUCCUUCAACCGAAGAUGUGGACAUGUGGGCAUGGGCAACAUUCCGUGUUCACCAAGAUGCCUGUGCACAAGAUGUGGCAGAACAGCCCCGUCGCUCUGCGCAGCCCAUGCUUCAUUGGUUUCCACGUACACAGGAAUUGCUGCUUGUCUCUCAUCACUUCUAUUUCGAUGCCAGAGGCGCAUGGUACUUCUGGGAUCUUCUCCUGGAUUUAACAGUGAGAGCAGAAAAUGUUAAUUUCGCAGAUGAGAAAGCAAAUCUUCCAAUUACUAGAGACGAUCUUCUAGGUCUCCCGAGUUAUCCUACUCUCACGUCUUUUACCAAGGCGUAUCAGAUUAUGAACGACUCUAUCAAAGAAGAUCUGAUACUGCUACCUGCUCUGCUCAAGGAUCCUGGCACGCACCAGCUUCAUUCUUCCGCCAAACGUCUAGACCGCCACGGUCAAGUGCGCAUGACAUUGUCCCAGGAGCAAACAGCGGCAAUUGUCACAGCAUGCAAAGAAAUCGGCUCUUCUGUCACGGCAGCCUUUUAUGCGGCGUUAGCCCUGGAAUGUCAGGCUCUUCAGGCCGAGCACGGUUCUCGAGGAAGAUACGCUCUUACCUUCCAUCAUUUCGACGCAAGACCUUGGUAUACCCAGACUGUCAACGCUCGUGAAAACCUGGGCAUCGACCAACAUGCUAUUAUUCCCUUUGCGCUUGACAUGGAAGGAAAGUCUUACAGCGAGCUUGCUUCCACCACGGACGCGUUUUUUAAGACCACACGUUCGGAUUUUGCUCAGGAUUCAUCCGGACUAGAUGCCAUAAACUAUUUGCUUGCAAAUAUCAUUUCCCCUCGAACACCAUUACCAAGUGCGCCUUUCUUCUCCAGCUACGGCAUAGCGGAGAAAUACAUGAAGUCCUUCUACAGACAGAACGACACUGCAUGGCUGGAGGUUGAGGAUGUGUAUAGUGCAGUUCCAAUGACAGAUCUAGCCAACGGUAUUUUCAUCUGGACUUUCAGAGACAGGCUCCAUGUUCUAGCUACAUUUCAUGAGCUUAACCAUGCGGCCUCAAUGUUUGAGGGACUUCUAAAGAACACUUGUCGCCGUAUGCUGCAGGGAUUGGGGGUUGAGCAGAUAUUUUAG